AUAAUGGAGUCCUCCGAGUUCAUCCGGGUACUUUUGACGUUUACCUGUAGACUAAUACAAAGCGUGCUGUAUUUAAGUUAGCAUUAAGUGCUCCAUAGCUUGUUUUAAUUUAGAUUAUUUUUAGCAUUUAGCAUGUCUGUAGAUUGGCUCGGAUAUGCUUUUGCUGCACUGAUAGCAACAGGAGGCAUUAUUGGGUUCAUAAAAGCAGGUAGUAUCAUGUCACUGUUAGGUGGAAUAGUCUUUGGGGUUUUGUCAGCGAUUGGUUCUUUCCAAUUGUCUAAGAAUCCGAAAAACAUCUGGCUUUUAUUUGGGACGUACGGAACACUGGCAGUUUUGAUGGGAGUAAGAUUUCUGAGCUCAUGGAAAAUAAUGCCAGCUGGGUUGAUAACAGGAGCAAGUUUAUUCAUGGUUUUGAGAUUAUUCCUGGGGUUCCUGUGGCCACGCAACAAAAACUCAUGAACGAGUAAGAAGAGAGGAAAGAAAAAUAUUGUGGAUCACCGAACAGCUCAUUGCUCUCUACACCAUGUUUGUCAACAAUUGUAAUAAAUUGUCAUUUUUCUAAGAUAUUGUGUUGUUUAAAAUAUUAAAAAAAAGAAGUAUAAAUGAUUAGACCCAGGCAAAUUAAACAUUUUAUAUCAAACUUUUCCAAUGUUUUCCUUUAAAUGGGAAUUCUUUACACGCUCAAGUGUCAUUAAAACAAACUUUUUUUUACUGUA